AUGUUCAGUCGACUUCGUCAAGCAAGCAAUAACGGCGAAAGCCAGAAUACAAGCGGAGGUGGCGGUGGUGGCUAUGGCAAUAAUACCAGCAGCUACAAUUCCAACUCCAACUCGAAUUCGAAUGGUGGCAAUCAGACAAGCAGCUACAAUUCCGGCACCAACAAUACAAGCGGCUAUAAUUCCAACACCAAUGCUAACUCAAACAACAACAACAGCUCAGGAGGCUAUGGCAACCAAAGCAGUAACAACAAUACAAGCAGCUAUAAUACUCCAAGCAGUAACAACAACUCAGGAUCGUACAACAGUUCAAACAAUUAUUCAAGCAAUGAUACGUAUGAUACCUAUAAUUCAACCACAAGCCAUAGCAGGACAAAUUCAGGCUCAAACAAUGAUUCAAAGGCAAAUAACAAUUCCAACAACAAAAAUUCAAGCAGUGGCUAUCAAUCCGGUUACUCAAAUGAUCACGGUCGCAAAGAACCUUCCGAGACAGGUCAAUCGACCGCUUCAAGUGUUUUCUCAUCGUCAAAUGCAGGUGCACAAUCUAAUGUGAGCGCAGCCACUUCCGUUUCAACCGGUUAUGGCAGCAACAAUCAUAAAGGUUCACCCAAAAAGCCAAGUUAUCAACAAUUAGGUUCAAAGAUGGACACGAUCAAAGAUGAAGGUACAGAUACGUAUGGAUCAUCAAAUGUGAACAACAAUGAACCAUCAACAGCCAGCGCAAGACGUGAUACGCUUUACGAAGAUGCGAAUGAACAUGUUGGAGGCAAUAACAGUAAUAAUCGUAAUCAACAACAACAAAACAAUGAAAGCGUUAAUAAGACCUCGGCGAACAUUCAAUCUUGGCAACAAACAAGCGCUCAUAUAUCAUCAACAACAACCAACAAAGGUUCAAAUACCGGAAAUAGCGGCAGGGACUCAAACAGCAAUUCCGGCGGCAAUGGUACAAAGAUGACCUAUUCAUCGAGCAACAAUGGCAAGACAAACAAUGAUUCACAUCAGAGCAAUGCACGUGAAAAUUCAAAUGCCAACAACAACAACAGUAGCUACGGCAAGAGUACCUCCAACAACAACCAAUCCCACGGUAGCAGCGGCAACAACCAAUCUUAUGGAAGUGGCGGCAACAAUCAAUCAUCCCAUGGAAGCAGCGGCAAUCACGACAGUCAUGCUCAUGGAAACAAGCAAUCCAACAACAAGAGUUCCCGUAACUUGAGCUCGAGUGGACGCAGCAACAGCGGCAAGUCGGCUAGCGGUCGUAGUAACAGCGGAAAAGGUCGCAGUAGCCCUCGUCAAAGCGAACAACAACAACAUGUCGGUAGCAAAGGCACAACGACUUACAACAGCAAUGGUACGGCUCAACACUUGGAUACGCAUACACGCACAGCCAGUAAUACUGGUUAUGGCAGCAGUACAACGUCCAACAACAGUACCGGAAACAAGAAUUCUCAAGAUCCUAUCGCACAAGCAGGUGACUUUAACGAUCCUAAUGCCGAGAAUGUAUUCUUGUCAUCAGAAUCAGGUUCAGGUUCUACUCGUUCGCCCGUUGUUCGAUUCAGAAUUCAUACUGCCAACUUGCGCGUUCAUUCCCCCGUCUUGACAAAGAAGACUGAGCAAGAAUCACAAAAAGAACAUCAACUCGAGGAAGAUUCCGCAACGUUGAAACAUCUUUUCAGUUUGAUGUACAAUCGUGAUUCUCCAAUCUUGGAACCGAACGAUUGGCAAAUGGUUUUACGUUUAGCACGUUGUGCACAAAAGUAUGACGUCGUUCGUGCAAAAGAACGUGCAAUUGCUUAUUUCACAAAGAAUGAACAAUCUGGCGCUCUUUCUCCAUUUAUGACGUAUGCAUUUGCGGUGCAAUACAAUUUGCCAACGUUGGAAGCAGCAGCUGCUGAACGUAGCGUACGUUAUGAUGUCAACAAGAUUCCCGAAUUGAUUUUCAACAUGAUGGGUUUCACAGCUUUUCAACGUUUGGCCUCGUUCCAUGCAAAACGUCAAGAAUAUUAUCAAGAUAUGUUGAACGCUUUGAGCAUCGAUCCAAAAGAAGUUGCUGAUCAAUGUUAUCAAACCGGUGGAGUUUGUGUAGUUACACCUCUGGCACGUUUGAAGCAAACCUUAGCAUGGCCAAGACAAGUUGGACGUGAUGCAAGCAAACGUGCUCCUGAACCGGCAGAUGUUUUGCGAAAGAUAAUUACCGAAAUUGGUCAAAUCGAUUGUGGUACGUGUGCAAAAGCUUUGGUUGAAGCAGGUUUAGCCAUUCAACAUACCUUGGAAACAUUACCUUCUUAUUCCCAAGAUGAUCAAUCUUAA